AAAAGGAAGAAACGUAACGAAAUUACGCAGAAUUUGAGUUGGACCCAAAUAUCGUCUUCUUCUUCCCUUCUUCCUUCCAAGAAAGUCCAAGUCUUUGAUCUUCAUUCAUAAUCUUCAAAUGCUUGAGUUGAACCGUUCUUUUUUAAUGCUUGUAUUGUAACUCUCUCUGAAAACUUCAUUUCUCACCUACUUUUCUCCCCUUAAAACUCAGCAAAAACUCAACUUUGAUUUCAUAAUAUACUAUACAGACACAAGCCUCAAUUGGGUUUAUUUUGUUUGGAAGGAAAGAUGGAUCACUCUAGAGAGAAUAAUUCGUUCAACGACUCGCCUUCAGUGCUAAUGACAGGCCAAAUAAUGGUGGUGGCAAUUAUACUUCUUUUUGUGGUAGUAGUGUUUGUUCUUUUCCUUCAUCUUUAUGCCAAAUGGUUCUGGUGGCGCAUUGAACAGCCACCUUCUCCGCCUGCUUCACGUCGCCGGCGUCGUCGUUUUGUCUUUGCUCCUGGCCAAGACCCUGCUUUCACUGUACGUACUGGCCUUGACCCUGCCGUGCUUCGCUCCAUUCCCGUGGUUACUUUCUCUCCACAAGAAUUUAGAGAUGGACUUGAAUGUGCAGUUUGUUUGUCUGAGCUUGUUGAAGGAGAGAAAGCUAGACUACUGCCUAAAUGUAACCAUGGGUUUCAUGUUGAGUGUAUUGAUAUGUGGUUCCAGUCUCAUUCGACUUGCCCGCUGUGUAGGAAUCUUGUUGAUGUUCAAUGCUCUAAUUCUAUCGAAAUAGCAGAGGUGAUUGAUAUGCAGUUUCCACAAGAAAAUUCAGUUUCUGGAUCCUCAACAGAAUCUCCUAACUUUCCUACUAAUGUAUUGUUUUGGGGAAAUGAAACUCAAGUUCGUACUGGUGGUUCUUCUUUAGAAGAGGGUUCUUCUUCUUCUUCAUCCACUGCUUCUGAAUCAUCAUCAUCGUCUUCUUCUUCAACGUUGAUUGCAAGCAGGCGAGGUGAAAUGUUAGUAAUUGAUAUUCCUGUGACUAUGAGUGAACAUUUAUCAUCAUCAUCUCCAAUAAGAUCUCCUGAUGAGGAGUUAAAGUCGCCCAUGACAACAAGAUUGAGGUCAUUGAAGAGGCUUUUGAGUAGAGAAAAAAGGGUAAGUCCCAGUUGUGGUAGUAGUAGUAGUACUGCUAGUAGUUCUUUUGACAUUGAGCAGAUUAGAAAAUGAUAAAAUUUCAAAAGCAACUUUCUUUCAAAGCAUGCCUGAAGAUGUGAUUAUAUCUCGGCAUAAAUUUCUCAAUUUCAGAUGGAAGAAAGUGAAACAGUUUUCCGUCUAUCCUUUGAAAAUGAGAAAGGAAAUAAUUUAUCUUCUUCAGAAGAAUCAUUUGUAACAUUCUUUCUUUCGCAUGUAAAGCCAUUAAACCAUGUGCUGACAAUUUUUAGCCCCUCAUAUACUUGUUCUGCAUUUAAUAUCUUGCAAUAAAUUCAUUUGUUAUUUCCAAAA